GUCCACAUUAUCAUUUAUUUACAACAACAAACAAAUGGGUUUUGUUAAUAUUGUUUAGCUGUUUGUGCGCAAUAAAAUGCAUCAUAUUUGUAAGCUUACAUAAGUGCGUGUCUGCCCAGCAGUUGCUUGCUAUAUAGAAUUGUUCUGUGCCCAGCGACAAAAAGUACAGCAAAAAAGUAAGCGCACUUUUUGGACCGUUAUGCAAAGCAGUAAAAUUGGCGGUGACCGGACACUAAAUUGUAGCAAUAGCAAUAGCCAUAUCACUUGUAGCGUAAACUCUUUUCACAGUAUCGAAUUGUAGUAGUGAUAAGCAUUAGUUUAGAUACGGCUUGAUUGCCAGCCAUGUUGUGUGCUCUUGCCCGCGGACCCCACCACCUAAAGGUAGCGGCCGUCUACUACAAUCUCUCCGACUUGCUAUGCACAAGUCGCGGCUGUGCCGUCCAGGCUGUACGCCUGGCGUCCGGCAGUGCCAGCAGGAGAAACAGCAGCCACCAGCACCAACAUCAUCAUCAUCAACUACAACCCCACCGAGAACUGCUUUGCCGCUCGUCCCGUUCUCGUGCACAAAGUUCCAAAUUAGCAGUAAGAAAGUUUCACUCGGAGCCAGUCGCGAUGUUCUACUCGAUGUACGCGUACCUCUCAAACCUGCCGCGUCUUCAUGUGCUCGGCCUGGCCAUUAUUGCCUAUGUAGUCUAUUACCUAAUCCAGGUGGUCAAGCGACCGAUAAUCGCUUGUUCGGACGGGCCGUUCAAGCAAUACCUGAUUCGGAUGGUGCCCACCCUGGAGAACAAGUACUGGCCCACUUUCUGGUGCGUUGAGAGCCGUGCCCAGACCGUUCUUGCGAGCCUGCUGCGCUCCAAGAGUCUGCCGCGAAUCAAUUACCGCCGCGAGAUACUCAGCCUGAAGGAUGGCGGAGAGGUGGCCUUAGACUGGAUGGACGAGGGCUGCAACGAGAAUGCUCCUUGCAUUCUCAUACUGCCCGGACUGACCGGCGAGUCGCAGGCGGAGUACAUCAAGUGUCUGGUCCUCGCCGCUCAGCAGUCCGGAAUGCGAGUGGUGGUCUUCAAUAAUCGCGGCCUCGGUGGCAUUGAGCUGAAGACACCACGGCUCUACUGUGCAGCUAAUUGUGAGGAUCUCUGCGAGGUGGUUCAGCAUGUGAGGAAGGUCCUGCCGUCUCACUGCAAACUGGGGGCCACAGGCAUUUCCAUGGGGGGCCUGAUAUUGGGCAACUAUUUGGCACGCAAGAGCGAGGAGGCCCGUAGCAUUCUGUCGGCGGCCAAAAUCAUCUCUGUGCCGUGGGAUGUCCACAAGGGCAGCGCCAGCAUUGAGAAGCCAGUUAUCAACAGCCUGCUGGGUCGCCAUCUUGCUGGCAGCCUGUGCCGAACGUUGGCCAACCACUUGGAAAUUUACAGGGACAUCUACCAGGACUCGGACAUUGACAUACAGCGCAUACUGCGCUGCACAACCAUCAAGGAGUUCGAUGAGCUGUUCACCGCCAAGCAGUUUGGCUAUGCCCAUGUCAACGACUACUACACGGAUGCCACGCUCCACAACAAGCUGGAUCACAUCUCAGUGCCGCUCCUCUGUCUGAGUGCUGCCGAUGAUCCGUUCCAACCGUUGGACGCCAUCCCCGUCAAGGCGGCCAAUCAGUGUACCCAUGUGGCAAUUGUUAUCACGGCGCGCGGAGGCCACAUCGGUUUCCUAGAGGGCUGGUGGCCGUCCACAAGGGAUCAAUACAUGGGUCGACUGUUCACGGAGUACUUUACCAAGGCCCUCUUUGACGUGGAUGGCGAGUUUCAGCACACCUCCAACAAAAUGCACGAACGCUUUCUGGCCAAACAGACACUGGCUCUGGCUGCGUCCCCACUGCUCUUAAACAAGAAGGUGGAAGUGGUGGAGCAUCUAGACCACAAGGUUAAGCUCAUGUAGAAGCUGUUUGAUGCGAGCAUCACAAUACUCUUGCUCAACUAUUGCCUAACUAGAGGCGUUUCGUUUCUUUACGAUAAACUAAACAAAAAUAAACAAAAUUACCUGCGCAUACAUGAAUUCCGUUUGCGAUUCCGAAGACUUUCCGAACACAUGUGAUAGAUGAAUAGUUGUAUGGAAAAAACAAUUGAUCAAAAUCCUAAUCCAAAGUGUUGUAAUACUCAGUAAGUCAAAGUCAGUUAGGGGAACAAAACAAAACAGGAUGCUGUAGAGAUGCUUAAAUUAUUAAUAGUAUUCGUGACAUUAGGUACAUAUCAGAUUGGAAUAGAGACAAAAAGCUUUACGAUUCUUAGACGUAAAUUCAA